AAGGGAAUCAAAACGAUGACAGCCCGCCGUCAUCACCUGAGUCCGGGGCUGGCCCUGGUCCUGAUGCUCCUUGUGAACGAGGUUCACAUCUCGAUUGGCUACAACAUCGAUCUGCCCAGCUAUGUGCGGUACCAGCAGGCCACCAAUUCCAUGUUCGGCUUCAGCAUUGCCUUGCACAAGGCCCGCAAUGACUACUUCGCCAACCAAAACAAUGUCAGCCUGAUUGUGGGUGCCCCCAAAUACGAUACGUCCCGGUUUCAGCCCGGCGUUGUGGAGGCCGGUGGCGUCUUCAAAUGCAGCAUGAAAGACGAUGACUGCAAAUUGGUGCCCUUCGAUUCCAAAGGUAACAAUCGGAAUACAGAGGGCGAAAUCGUAGACAGGAAGUCCUACCAAUGGCUGGGAGCCACUGUGGCCACAGGACGAGACAACGAUUUGGUUGUGGCCUGUGCACCGCGAUAUGUGUUCCACACGAUGACGCCAUCGAGGGCGAUGCGCUAUGACCCAGUGGGCACCUGCUUCACCUCCCAUAACUUCGAGCAGUUCCACGAGCUAUCCCCCUGUCGGACAAACAACUGGGGUUAUCAUCGCCAGGGCUCGUGUCAGGCCGGCUUCAGUGCAGCCGUCAACAAAAAUGGCUCGCGUUUGUUCAUUGGCGCACCUGGCAGUUGGUACUGGCAAGGACAAACCUACUCAAUACCGCCCGAUGCCGAGUUUCCAUUUAAGCCGCCUUAUUAUCAGCCCUUCGGCACUGGAGGUCAGGCCUCCUCCCACGAUGUGACCAAGCCGGAGAACCAAGUCUUCUCCACGGUCGAGAGCACCUCGGUCAACGAUGACUCGUAUCUGGGGUACUCCAUGGUCACCGGCGACUUUGAUGGCGAUCGCAGUGAGGAUGUGGCCAUUGGCAAGCCCCGUGGCGCCAAUCUUACUGGCCAGGUCGUGGUCAACCGCUGGAACAUGGCCAAUAUCUUGAAUAUUACUGGUCGACAGAUUGGCGAAUACUUUGGCUACGCCCUAGCCUCCAGCGACGUGGAUGGCGAUGGCCUGGACGAUCUCAUCAUUGGUGCACCCAUGUUCACGGAGUUGGACAACGUGGAGGGCAAGUACGAUGUAGGCCGCGUCUAUGUGCUGAUCCAGGGCGGGCACACUGCUGCCCAGUUCUUUACCACGGAGCAUAUACGCGACGGAUUCCAGACGAAGGGUCGCUUCGGUCUCGCCCUCACCACCCUCGGUGAUGUGAAUGGCGAUGGCUAUGGCGAUUUUGCUGUGGGCGCUCCCUAUGACGGACCCGAGGGCAGGGGCGUUGUGUAUAUCUACCAUGGAUCGUCGAUGGGUCCGCUGGCGAAACCCUCGCAGAUCAUACGCGCUGAGCAGCUGGUGGAAGGUGCCCCCUAUCCGCGGACCUUCGGCUUUGCUCUCUCGGGUGGCGUGGACAUGGAUGGUAACACCUAUCCGGAUCUGGCUGUGGGCGCCUACAGUUCCGAUCGGGUGUACCUGUUUAAGUCCCGGCCCGUGGCUGCUGUCAAUGCGGAGACGACCUUUGCCAGUCCCUCGAAGCUGAUCAGCCUCGAUGAUCGCAGUUGUCAGCUCCAGAGGGAUCAUAAGAGGGUGCCCUGCAUGCUGCUGACCACCUGCUGGAGCUUCACCGGCCGCUACUUGCCCGAUCAGCUGGACUUUGAUGUGUCCUGGCUGCUGGACGCCAAGAAGGUGCGCAAUCCCCGCAUGUUCUUCCUUCGGGAUGAGGGCAAGAAUAUCAGGAACCAGACGAUCCGUUUGAAUUAUGGCCAAAAUUACUGCCUCAACGAAACGGUCUACAUAAUGGACAAGGUCCAGGACAAGCUCACGCCCUUGGAGGUCGAGGCCCGCUACAAUCUGCGCAGCAAUCGUCCCCUCGAGCCCGUGGUUCGACGCAGGCGCGGCAUCCUCGAGCCGGUAAUCGAUCAGAACCGUGAGAUCGUCGUGCGCGAUGCCAUCAACAUCCAGAAGAACUGUGGACCCGACAACAUCUGCGAGCCCGAUCUCAAGUUGGAAAUCAAAACCGUGGAUAAAUAUCUGUUUGGUUCGCCCGAACCACUCACUGUCGAAGUCCUGAUCUCGAAUAACAACGAGGAUGCCUUCGAGGCAGCCUUCUAUAUGAUCACACCCCGGGACCUGGAGUUCCGUAAGCUACAGCAGCUGGGAGAGAAGAAGGACACGCCCAUUACCUGCUCGGCCCCCACGCCGGCGAACAAUCAUACGCUCAAGUGCGACAUUGGCAAUCCCCUGGAGUCCGGACAAAUUGCCCACUUCAUGAUCAGCCUAGUGCCGGCGGACAAGUACGGCAGCUCGUCCAGCUACGAAUUCUACUGGGAGGCCAACUCCACAAACGUGGAGAAAGAGGGCUCCCACUUCGACAAUAUCUACCGCAAGAGCGUUGGCAUUUGGGUGGACACGGAUUUGGAUAUCAAGGGCACAUCCCUGCCGGACUAUCAGCUGUACAAGGCCGACGACUACAAGUCGCUGCAGAAUGCCACCGUCGAAGAGGAUAUCGGACCGCAGGUAGUGCACAUCUACGAGAUACGCAACAAUCGCCCGUCGAUCAUCGAGGAGGCCGAGGUCUACAUCCACUAUCCCUACGAGACCAUUGUGGGGGAUCCGCUGAUGUAUCUGCUCAGCCAGCCGGAGACGGGCGGCAAGAUCCAAUGCGAGAAGGUGUACGAAGUCAACGAGCACAACCUGAAGCUGGACGAUAAGCUGAAGAACAAGUCAUAUCUGCACGCCCAGGGCGCCAUCAGCAAUUCGGUGCAGUUCAGCAGCCAGGCGGCGACUGGUGCCGCUGCUGGCGGCGCUGAGAGAGCUGAGGGUCACCUGGAGAUCUCUCAGGGUUCCCAGGGCGGGCAGGCCGUGACCGUCAGCCAGACGGAGGCCAAGAAUCGUCUGACCCCCAAGCAGGUGGCGUUACUGGAGCGUGAGGAUGCCCUCGAUGUGCCCGGCGAUGCAUCGUAUGUCCAUCAGGAUCGUGCUAGUCAAGCGGUGACCAUCGACCAACAGGAGCCUCGCAUCAAUCAGAGCACCUUCACGACCAUCUCCUCCUCCAGGUCGGGCUCGGGCUCGGGCUCGGGCUCGGGCUAUGGCUCCGGUCAUCCCAGUGCCCAGCUCCGAGGCCACAGCACUCAGGGACACAUUCAGAUGGCCGGCCUGCCCCGGCAAUCCACUAUCGUGAGCAGCAGCUCUGGGUAUACGUCGGCGGGACCACAGGCUGGUGGCGGUGGUGCCAACUUUGCUGACAAAUCCAUGUAUGGGGGACGCAGUGGCAAUUUCCAUGCAGGAACCCUGGAUCUGGGCAGCAUACCACGCAGUAAUGUGGACAACGAUCUAUACAGGUCCAGCCAGCUCCAGGGUCAGGGACAGGGACAGGGACAGUUUCACACCCAGUCGUACGGACAGGGGCAAGGGCAGGGCCAGUUCGGAGCUGCGCCAGGUGGCUAUCAUGUGACGUACAGCUCUGGGAGCAAGCCCUACUAUGGGCGCGAGAAUGGGGACUACUACGACGAGGAUAUACUCCAGCAGGGUCCUGGUCAGAGUCAGGGCCAGGGCCAGGGCGGGCAAGGACACUGGUCCUCGUCCAGCUCUAGCUCUUCGCAACGUCGCUUCCGUCGCAACAGCGACCAGGACCAGGAGCAGCCCCAGCAGAUCGACCUGAACUCGCCUUGCCAGUCGGCCCGCUGUCGCACCAUCCGCUGUGUGGUGACCAACCUGGGCACCGAGGACGGUGAUGCCGCAUUUGUGGCCAUUCGCGCCCGCAUGGUGGCCAAGACCAUGGAGAAGCUGGCCUCGAACGUACCUCUCAAUGUGUCCACGCUGGCCGUGGCCAACGUAACCCAGCUGCCAUUCAUUGGCCAGCCAAAGGACAAGAUCAUCAAGUCGCACGAGAUCUUCUACAAGGCGGAACCGGAGCCGCAACAGGUGCCGGAUGUGGUGCCCCUCUGGGUGGUGGUGUUGGCCGCGUGUGCGGGUGCGCUCAUAUUCCUGCUGCUCGUCUGGCUGCUUUACAAGUGCGGCUUCUUCAAUCGCAACCGACCCACGGAUCACGCCCAGGAGCGACAGCCCCUUCGCAAUGGCUACCAUGGCGACGAGCAUCUGUAGAGCUCUCCUCCCAGUUCUUCAUGCAACAUGAAAUAACAACAACAACAACAACAACAGCAAUAACAGUACCAACAAAUUACGAACUCUUAACAUCGUACUAAAACAGAGACAAACACACACAACAAAAUCAAUGUACUAAAAACAAGGAAACUGUUCUACGAUGUACUAAACACACAAGAAAGAACCGGCUUCUCCGAAGGAAUACCGCCGAAAGGAUGGCUGCAAACAGUUUUCGAUAACUGCCACUGUCGGCGCAUUGCAGAGAACACUGUACUCUACGAGUAUAACCGGUUCAACAGAGACAACAACAACAAAAACAGAACUUGCCUAGUCACGAUAUAAAGAACUUUCUAAUGCGUAAAGGUUUUUAAUUUGUAAUAUUUAAACCUUAUGAUAUCCAGAUGUUUAUUAUUAUUUUUAUUUUUUUGAAAUUAUUUUAUUUUUUUUACAUAGUUUUGUCUUUUGCAAAAAUGGAUUCUCCCGAAAAGUUAAACAAGUGCUAUAUUAAUCUGUACUAAAGAAGCGGAGUAACAGAACCUAAUGCUAAGUGAAUGAAUGUCUGGAAAGCGUAUGAGUGCGAAUGAUUGAUGCAAUGGGUGUGAAUGAGUGGGAGUGAUAUGUAGCUAAAAUGUGAAAACGAAAAAGAAACGAUUAUAGAUAAGUGCCGGGAAUAGAAAUGAAAUGAAACUAAAUUAAUUGAAAUGCUGCCCACAGAGAAGCUGUCCUAUACAUAUAUACAUAUAUACUGCCACGCCCUCUAGCCAGCAGCUAUAUAACAACAAUAACAGCAACCAAAAAAAAAUAAAAAAUUUAUAGGUGCUACUCUAGAGUUCUCUUUUUUUUUUUCUUUUCUUGAAGAUUGUUGACGCUUUUCACUAAAUUACGAAAGAUGUUUUUUGAAAUACAUUUAUAAGUGUGGAAGAUUGUGUUUGCCAAACUCAAAGUUUGCCAGCUGCAACGCCAAAAUGUGUUAAAAAAGCUAAAACAAAAGAAUU